GUUAGAACACUUCACUUUGAAGCGUACUAAUUAAUUACAUUUAACCAUUUGCUCGCGUUUGAAUGAUUUGAAAACAUAUACCUACUUUGAGUUGAUUCAUAAAAAAAAAAAAUCAUGAAAGAAGUGAUAACGACGCUUUUGUUUUGUUUUUCGGUUUAUGUGAAUUCUGUUGAAUUGAACGAUGAACCUAUUAUUGGGGUACUAUCUCAAGAAAUUCCCCCUCAUUAUUUACCUUUUUUCCCAGCCCAUACAAGUUUCAUCGCGACAUCAUAUGUAAAAGCUACCGAAAGUGCUGGAGCCAGAGUAGUCCCAAUUGUCACUGGUAAACCAGAAUCUUAUUACAGAAAUCUUUUGAAAUCAGUAAACGGUCUCGUACUACCGGGUGGAGGUGCAAAGCACGGCAGAGGUAACCCAUACUACGAAUCAGUAAGAACAGUAUACAGAUUAGCCAAAGAGAUCAAUGACAAUGGAACUGUGUUCCCAAUACUCGGAGUUUGCUUAGGAUUCGAAUUUUUGGUAGUUGCUGCAAACAACGAUUCCAAUUUCCUCCGCCAAUGUGACGUGUAUUACGACAAUUAUCCGAUCAAUUUUACUCAAGAUCCGUCAAUGACCGCACUUUUCUCCCGACUAACCCCAGAACAACAUCAUACUCUGGCGACACAUAAUAGCACCAUGAACUGGCACGUAUGGUGUGCAUAUGUGGAAGACUUCAAAAGCACCAGUUUACCAGACAACUGGAUCGUAACAUCCACUAGCACCAGCUCCAAAGGUAUCGAAUUUAUUGCCAGUGUUGAACACAAACGAUACCCAUUCUAUGGAGUUCAAUUCCACCCCGAAAAACCAGCUUACGAAUGGAAACCCGGUCAAAAUAUACCUCGUGGAGAAAAAAUUGUAACUGCAAAUAGAUACUUUUAUGAUCACCUUGUGUAUGUAGCUAAAUCUAACUAUCACACAUUCGCCACUGCAAAAGAAGAAACCGAUUCCUUGAUUUAUAACUACCCAGCUCGUUUCGAUCCUGAUAUCAAUGGCACUACGAAUACUCAAAUGUAUCUAUUCUAAGAUUAUAUAAUAAUUAAUUAAUUAAUAAGGUAACAUGUAAAUACCAUUUAUAACUAAUCAAUUUCAUACGCUGUUCAUUAUAUAUUUUAUAUCAAU